UUUGUCAAAAGUCUGUUUGGCUAAAAGGUCUAAAGCCCUUGUGUCUUCGAGUGGCUCUUCAACAGACCACCAUGUAAUUGACACAUGCAGUGAGGAUUUCACUCUGCCCACCAGGAGUAUGUCAGUUGUGAGCAACAACAGUUUGAAGAGAGCCUCUCCUCUCCACGGCAGUGGAUUGAGUGAAAGUUGCAAACCUCUUGUGGCUCUAAAAGACGUAACAGUGGCAGUCAGCCAAGAAGGCUUUAGCAAAACUGCAAAGAAGACGCUCAGCUUGAUCCUAAAUGUGUUCAAGUGCAGAGUGGCCAACUCUGAGAGUUCAUCUGUUGGGCAGAUUGCAGUGAGGAGUGUCUGAUAGCCACUAACGUGUUAGACUCUGUACUGGAGAGCCUUGACCAGUUGCCUGACAUGAGCGCUGCCGAUGAGAUCACAAGGACAGACUCCCAUACCUCUAUCGCAAUGGAUGAGACAGGUUCAUGGUCAAUGCUUGUGAGCCAACAAGAAAUAAACAUAUCUGACACCAAUAUCAUAGUGAAAACUAUAAUGGACACAAUGAAGACGGACGACCCAGAGAUGACUUCAGCAGAAGAACAUCUGGAUAGGCUCCUGUCAGUUGAAGCCCUUCAAGGUGCGUCUGGCAACCUGAUUGCAAUGGUCCAUGGUCUCAUUCAGGAGAUAACCAUAAACCGCCAGCUUCAAUCCAUGGUUGGCCACAGAAGCCUCUCUCAACCAGCGCUGCCUAAACCAGCCCUGAGGAAGCUGUCAAAGGACGAUGCCUCAGAGCUCAUUUACAACUUUGCCCAGACUUCUGUUAGGAGACUCCUGGGGCAGUGUAUGGGAAGGCCUAUGCCACCAUCGGCUGAAAUGGUUUUGGAUCAGGUCAUCAAGUUGAUGACAGACGUGGUGAUGGACAGCCUGACUUAUGUGUCCAAGUCUACAAUGGAGGAUGACACCAGCAAUGCCACAAGUGACAUCACUCAUGGUGUUGUAGCUGACCUUAAUGCUACUGAGGAAUUCCCUGCCAGGAGCCUUAGCCCGGCUGAUGUAAAGGCUGACGGCAUGGCCCGUCUUCCCUCUGCCAGAGGAGAAGAGACUAAGAAGAACAGGAAGUGGCGUUUCCUACCGAAAAUGCAUACGUUUCCAAAGAUCAUGAUUAAGCUGUUCAAGACAAAAGGGGAACCGAAGAGCCACCUAAACAGGAUGCACUGCCUACCAAACGUCUCAGAGAGACUCAUAUUUCACAGGGUAAGUGAUAAGCAUCGAUAA